AUGCAAGUGCUAUAUCAAAUGAAUUGUGUAAGGAAACACAUUUUGAAAAGCAAAACAUAUUAUCUCUAAGUCCUUGAAGAUUCAAUGAUCUUGAGUGAACAUAAAAACAUGGUCAAUCCUAAGUAUAUAAUACAAUUUAAUUUGGAAACAAGAGUGAUGUGGAAGGUUUCAGAACAAGAUGAAUUAUCUUCAUUUGGAAUCUACUAUGUCAAUCGAAUUAAAUGGUUCGACUCUGACCAUAAUUAACUAAAUCUACUGAAAAUUCACCUAUCUCCUAAAGUUUUUUUGGAAAUAUCUCCAUUUUUUAUGAUUCUGGUUCCAUAAUCGGAUCUGGAGCAUCUUCAAAAGUUUGUUUGGUUAAAGUAAAGAAGAGUAUUCUUGAAUUUGCAGCCAAAUGCAUUUCUAAAAAGUAUCUCUUGUAAAAAAAGUCAUCUGAUCGCAUGGUAUCAAUUUUCUUAUUCAUUAUUAGAAUAGAUUAUAAAGAUCGAUCAUCCUCAUUUCGUGAAGUUGCAUGAAAUCUACCAAGGAGAGAACUCCUAUUAUUUGGUUACCGAUUACUUAGCAGGGGAUACUCUUUAUAAUUAUAUUAAAACAUUCCCAGAUGAUUAGAUACCUCCUCAUUAAAUCAGGGAAGCUAUCAAGAUAAUAUUGACAGCCUUAAAAUAUUUGGAAAUUAACAAUAUUAUCCAUAGAGACAUAAAAUUAGAAAAUAUCUUAUUAUAAAAAUAAAACGACAUUACUUCAUUAAAGAUAAUUGAUUUUGGUUUAGCUAUCUAUGCAUUACCUGAACAAAAAGUAAGCAUUUGUGGCACUCCUGGAUACAUUGCCCCUGAAAUACUCAAAAAUUCUAAUGUUGAUGAUUAUUUCACUCCUAAAUGUGACAUUUUCAGUGCAGGAGUCAUCUUUUAUAAAUUAUUGACAAAGAAAACAUUGUUUCGUGCACAAAAUACAAUGGAAAUUAUGGAACAAAACAAAUUAUGUCAAGUCAAUUAUUAAGAUAUUUAAUAUAAAUUAUAAAAAGAGGCAGUUAGUUUGUUAAAAUCUAUGUUGGAUCCAAAUCCUAAAACUAGAUUUUCAGCAGCUUAAUGUCUUGAACAUCCCUAUUUUAGUUGUAAACUUGAAAAUAUUAAUAUUUUACAAGAAAUCUUAGAUAAAGCUACAGGAUUUUCUGGUCUCUCAUAAAUUAAAGAAUAUAAGGAUACCCAUUCUAUUGGAUAGGAAUGUUAAGCAGCUCAAAUUAAGAAAUGCAAUCCUACUUCUUAUCGAGUCAGGGCAGAAUAAAGAAAAAGGACGAAAAGUCCAAGGAAAUAUGCUGAAUUUCAAUUUUAUUGUCCAUCCUUUUGUUAAAUGAACUCUUUUGAAAGUUUAAGUAGUAAGGGGUCUUCAUCGUAUUCAAAUAAAGUCUCCAGGAUUGAAAACCUAAUUAAUGAUAGAUUAGAUUCAGUUAUUGAGGAUGAUGAAAAAUUUCAAAAAAAUGUUAAGUAGGUAUUUUAAACUUGA